AUGGCCCUUGCAAAAGGAGAGAGCUCGAACUGUGGCCACCGACAAAAGCUGGCUGGUUGCUCUGCUGCUGCUGCUGCUGCUGCUGCUGCUGCUGCCUGUGGAGCUGCAGGGGGGGCUGAAUCCGCACUGCAAGCGAACGACACUGUGACAGCUGCUGCUGCAGGGCCUCUGAGCCAGCUAUGGGUGUUCCUUGCUGCUGCUGCUGCUGCUCUUGCUGUUAAGGGAGCCUCAAAGGCAGGCUCAACUGAGGUUGCUGCACUGGUGGCAGCUGCUGCUGGGGUAUUUGUAGCAGCUGCGGUAGUGACUGCGAGCCCAGAGGCCCAAGCUGCUGCUGCAGGGGAUCCAGCGGCUGCAGCGGUUUCAACGGCUGCAGUGGCUGCAGCGGCUGCAGUGGCUGCUCAGGCUCUGGCGGCUGCAGUGUCGGCGUUUGCUGCAGUGGCUGCAGCAGCUGCAGCGGCUUCAAUGGCUGCAGAGGCUGCAGCGGCUGCAGUGGGUCCUGAGGCUGCAGUGGCUGCUCAGGCUCUGGCGGCUGCAGUGUCGGCGGUUGCUGCAGAGGCUGCAGCAGCUGCAGCGGCUUCAACGGCUGCAGAGGCUGCAGAGGCUGCAGCGGCUGCAGUGGGUGCUGAGGCUGCAGUGGCUGCUCAGGCUCUGGCGGCUGCAGCGUCGGCGGUUGCUGCAGUGGCUGCAGAGGCUGCAGCAGCUGCAGCGGCUUCAAUGGCUGCAGGGGCUGCAGCGGCUGCAGCGCUUUCAGCGGCUGCAGCGGCUGCAGUGGCUGAAGUGGCUGCAGCGGCUGCAGCGGCUGCAGCGGUUGCAUUGGCUGCAUUGGCUGCAUUGGCUGCAGCGGCUGCAGUGGCAGCAUAG